UUAUGCUGUUGCCAAGGCAAUGCAAUGGUACCCUCAGUAAACAGGUUAGUCGUGAUACCAUCUGAAAAAUUGAGGUCCCAUUAUAAUUUAUUCGAACAUUUUCAAUUGGUUUUUAAAAUUCAUGGAACAAAUGCGGCGCACGCUUCCUUGUCUCCCUGGAUUCAAUUUUGACGAUAAGCUCGGCAAAACAAAGUUCCAUAAAUCGCAGUACUUUGAUAAAAUUCACGAUGGCGUUUAUUAUUUAUCCGAGAAACCGAAUGUAGGAGAGCACUCGAGAUAUCCAUCGAAUUAUUCCUAUAUAGAUGAACCGAGAAUACCACCAUGGAUUGCCUACGAUGGUCAAAGACUCAUGUUCCAAGCAUUUUUCCAACAAACCGUUCAAGAACGAUUGGAGUCUUAUCAAAUUCGUCUUGUAACGAUAAGUUUCUUCCUGGAGGAUGGUACGCUGAAGAUAGUCGAGCCUGCAAUAAGCAACAGUGGUCUUGAGCAGGGUGUCUUAGUCAGGCGUCAGAGAAUACCCCUGCCGGACCCCGCACCCUACAGAUUCUACGAUAUUCUCGAUCUGAACAUCGGCAAAGAGCCAGAGAUCUUCGGAAGGGUUUAUAAAAUAGUGAAUUGUGAUAAAUUCACCAGGAUAUUCCUGAAUAGAAUGGGAAUUCCGGUACCUGAUCCCAUUGAACUGCCCUGCGACCCAUAUAUUGAGCGCAGAAAUGUGCCGACGUUUCCGAAGAAGCCGAAUCGAAAAAUUGAUACUCUUGGAAAAUUUCUAAAUUUCGACAGAAAAGUAUUGAGAUUCUAUGGAUAUUGGGACGAUAGAGAUUCUGAGUACGGAAUAAUCCACGAUUUAGAGAUUCGAUAUUAUCUGGCAGACGAUACACUUGAGAUUAAAGAAAUUUUACCGAAAAAUUCGGGGAGAGAGGGGAGCUCUGUCUUCAUUAAGCGAAUGAAAAUUCCCAAAUUCUUUACCAGAAUAGAAUCCGUAGGAUCCAGUGAUCCUUUCACGGUGUUGAACGUCCUUGGGGCGAGUGGAGCCCAGAGUUAUUUUAUUCCCGAUGCUCUGAAUGCUGGGGAAGUUAAACGGGAUUACUACAAGGACAGUGAUCUUACAAUUGGAACGAGUAUGAAUGUGUUUGGCCGCGAGGUCGUCAUCACCGAUCUUGAUCCAUCCACGAAGAGCUAUUACAGUGAGAAAUAUGGUAUCGAGGAGUUUACCCCGUUGGAAAAGCCAGGAUCAGCCUCUGACUACUGUUCAACUAUUCAGACAAGCAGACCACCGCCGUACAAUGGUUUUGGCUCUUACGAGGACUCCCUUGGCAACUGCUUCCGGAUCAUACCUAAGCCCCCAAAAAUGGACUACGCUAGAUUCGCUGCAUUCGAUAAACAAGGAUACGACAGUAAAGUACUGAGCUUCCGUGGAGGAAUGAUAUCCAAAAUUCCUGAGAAUUGUUCCCGUCAAUUCAUCAUCCAGAUCUACCUCAUGGACAAUACAGUAUCAAUCUUCGAGUAUGCCCCCAAGAACACCGGAUUCACACGUUCAUUAUUCCAAAAGCGAAUGGAAGUGCCUCUCCCAGGGCGAGAAGUUUAUCCGACCGAGAAGCCCCGAUACUUUGAGCCUCAUCACUUCUAUAUCGGGGCCGGAUUAAAUCUAGGAGGAUUUCAAUUUUACCUCACCUCAGCUGACGAAUAUACCCUACGCUACAUGGAAUUGAACUGCGAUAAAUUCUCAAGGGCGAACGCAGCGCUGAUUAUGAGUAAAAUAAGAGAGGGGCUCAAGCCUUGCUAUAAACAAUUUGUCGAGGAGGUUCGUCCAGUCACGGAGACGGAUGGAAUUUUUAUCCUGCCUUAUGAGGCAUUCAGGGAGAGUUUGAUGAAGCAUUUAAAAGACAAGGGGAUUGUCGAGCACGAGAUCAUUACAGUUGCUCGCAGGUACGGGGUCAAACGAAAUGAGCCACGAGAUACCAGAGAAUAUCUGAGGAGUUUAAUACAUACCGAGCUAACGCGUUUCCUCUGGAACAAUCUGGACCGCCUUGCCGAGGAUAUCCAUCACUGGAAUCCAUCGGGAACGGGCUUUCUCCCUCCCUCGGACGUUUACAAAAUUCUCCGAGGCUGCAGGCUUCCCCUAGAUGCCCAGCUAAUCACCUGCCUCCUCAAUCACCUGGGGAAGAAUCCCGAGGGGGAGAUUGAUUGUCAAGACUUGUUGGACUUCAUGAAUGUCAAGUUAAACCCCACUGCUCCCGCUGUACCGGCGGCCAUCAGCACCCUCCCCUGGUGGAAUGAUAAGGACGAAGACGACUGCUGUCCAGCAUUAAACUGGACUGAAUUUCUUAAGGAUCUGAACAUUAAGGAGGAUGAUCCAGCUUCAGCUGCUGAUCCCCAAUAAUAAUCUCGCAAUUGCUGACUAAUUUGAGUAUU